AUGAGGGAAUACAAAAUAAUAACUAAAUACGAGGACGUUGCUGUUCACGGCUACGAGGAAUUUUGUAAAGCUGUGUCUGAAAGAAAAGGAAAAGACAUAUUCGCUUACUUCUCUGGAGAUAAAGAUGACCAGGGCACGAGCUGGUGUCCGGACUGUGUGAAAGCAGAGCCAGUGGUCAGAGGAGAGCCGACUCAUCUUCCGGAGGGAUCUGUCUUCAUUUACUGCCAAGUAGGAGACAGACCUUACUGGAAGGACCCAAAUAAUGAGUUUAAGAAGAAUCUGAAGCUGACAGGAGUACCCACACUACUGCGCUAUGGCACGCCCCAGAAGCUGGUUGAAGAGGAGUGUUUCAAAGCAGACCUGGUUCGAAUGUUGUUCACAGAGGAUUAACGUCCUGUGAUGCACUGCUUGAUGACAAACACGUUUCAUACGUUCUCGGUCAAUGAAUGACACAGUUUUUAUACUCUUGUCAUUUGUAAUCUGUGCUUCUGCCCUGCAAUGUUCAGCGAAACAAAUUGUGGCCUGGAAUUAUGU